GCAAGAGCCCACCGCCCGCCCACACUGCCUGCGCACGCGCACACAUCCACUCUCGCGCGCGCCCCGCAGCUCCGCAGGCCGGGAUUCCAGUCCUGAGGAGAAAGCCCGAGGGUACUGCAGCCUCCCGGGGCUACACGCAGCGCCCAGCCACCAUGAGUGAAAUUCCUAAGGACUCCCUGAAGGCCAUCCUGUUGGAGUUAGAAUGUCACUUUACAUGGAAUUUACUUAAGGAAGACAUUGAUCUGUUUGAUGUGGAAGAUACAAUUGGGCAACAACUUGAAUUUCUUACCACAAAAUCUAGACUCACUCUUUAUAACCUAUUGGCCUAUGUGAAACACCUGAAAGGCCAAAAUAAAGAUGCUCUAGAGUGCCUGGAACAAGCAGAAGAAAUAAUCCGGCAAGAACACUCAGACAAAGAGGAAAUACGAAGUCUCGUCACUUGGGGAAACUAUGCCUGGGUAUAUUAUCAUAUGGACCAUCUCAAAGAAUCUCAGAAGUAUAUAGACAAGAUAGGGAAUGUUUGCAAGAAAUUGUCCAGUCCUUCUAAUUAUAAGUUGGAGUGUCCUGAGAUUGACUGUGAAAAAGGAUGGGCACUCUUGAAAUUUGGAGGAAAGUAUUACCAAAGGGCUAAAGCAGCUUUUGAGAAGGCUUUGGAAGUUGAACCUGACAAUCCAGAAUUUAACAUCGGCUAUGCCAUCACAGUGUACCGGCUGGAUGAUUCUGAUAGAGAAGGGUCUAUAAAGAGCUUUUCCCUGGGCCCUCUGAGGAAAGCUGUUACCUUGAACCCAGAUAACUCCUACAUUAAGGUUUUUCUGGCACUGAAGCUUCAAGAUGUACAUGCAGAAGCUGAAGGGGAAAGGUAUAUUGAAGAAAUCCUGGACCAGAUAUCAUCCCAACCGUAUGUCCUUCGUUAUGCAGCCAAAUUCUACAGGAGAAAAAAUUCCUGGGACAAAGCUCUGGAACUUUUGAAAAAGGCUUUGGAGGUGACACCAACCUCUUCCUUCCUGCAUCACCAGAUGGGACUUUGCUAUAGGGCACAAAUGAUCCAAAUCAAGAAGGCCACACGAAACAGACCUAAAGGAAAGGAUAAAUUGAAAGUUGAUGAGCUGAUUACAUCUGCUAUAUUUCAUUUCAAAGCAGCUGUGGAAAAGGACUCUAUGUUUGCAUUUGCCUACACGGAUCUGGCCAACAUGUAUGCUGAGGGAGGCCAGUACAGCAAUGCUGAAGACGUUUUCCAAAAAGCCCUUCGUCUGGAGAACAUAACUGAUGAUCACAAACAUCAGAUCCACUAUCACUAUGGCCGCUUUCAGGAAUUUCACUGUAAAUCAGAAAGUACUGCUAUCCACCAUUAUUUAGAAGCCUUAAAGGUCAAAGAUCGGUCAUCCCUACGCACCAAAUUGACAAGUGCUCUGAAGAAAUUGGCUGUCAAGAGACUCGGUCACAAUGCUUCAGAUGUGCAGAGUUUAAGUGCGCUAGGGUUUGUUUACAAGCUGGAAGGAGAAAAAAGGCAGGCUGCUGAGUACUAUGAGAGGGCCCAAAAGGUAGAUCCAGAAAAUGAAGAAUUCCUUACUGCUCUUUGUGAGCUUCGACUUUCUAUUUAAAUACAUACUCUAGGAAAUUAUUUCUAAGCUUUUCUCUCCAUUUUGGGUCAUUAUAUUUUUUUGAUUAUUAUUUUAACCCAUUGUUCAUUAUAGAGCCUUUUUUUUUUUUUGGAUGGUUAUGUACCAAGCAUCAUGCUAAAUACUUUAUAUAUACAUAAGGAUGACUCUUUUGUUGUUUUCCUUUUUUUAAAAUUAAACUAAUAUAGUCCACUGAGAAACAAAUAUUUCAGCUAUUGUAACUUUUAAAAAUGAUAUGGCCAUUUAUACCCUUUAUUUUUGCCAUUUAUAGUAAUUUUUGAUUAAAUGUUAUCAAAUUUUUCAUAUUACUCACACAGUGAGUAUAAUUCUGUAUAAACCCUGACGCCUAGGUCAGGAAUACUCUUUCAGGAGUGCAAAAUUAUAUUAGUUAAGCUCUUAAGUAUGUAGCUUGCAAAAGAUGGACCCUUCCAGUUACAGAUGUUUCGACUUUAAUGAGAAUGUUUAACUCUCAACCUGAUAGUCACCUAAAGAAUCCUCUUUGUUGAAAGAAGAAAGUUCAUAAUAAUAAAAAACUUGUCAUCUGUGGUGACUUCAAUAAAAAGAGAAAAAACAAAUAGGGAAAAAAAAAAGACUUCUUCAAAUACAGAACUUAAAGGACCCAUGAGAAAUAACAAAUAUUAUCUCCCAAAUUAAUUUUACUCCUUCCUAUUAAAAUUCCAGUAUGCUUAGGUUAAAAUCAUUGAGAUAGAAAGCAGGCCAAUUGAGAAAUUGGGAGAAAUGAUAAACAAAUGGGUAAAAUAGAUGUCCCUAACCUACAUCCUUAGAUUACCAAGAUUUCUAUGAUUUGGUUUUGGGUCUGGACUGGAUUGUUCUCAUACUCCCAAUUUCUGGCCUUUGGUUAAUUGUUUUAUAAUUGCAAAUUUACUUCUGUGAAGCUUUUUCUUUUGUCUAAAGUUUUCAGAUUGACAUGUUUUCCUAUAGAUUCUACAGGAAUAGUUAAGUCCUGCUUUCAGUUUUAAUAUCCAUCUUGAAGGGUCAGUGUUUAAGGGCUCUUAUCCCAGGGGACAUUUUUAAAUGGGAUGUUGCUAAAAGUAGCUUCUCUAAUGUUGUUUCUUUGGUUAUAUACUACACAAUUAUAUUUACCACCACAGUAUUAGCGGAAAAGUGUGCCAUGUGAUUUAAUUCUCCAUACCUCUAAUGUAGCUCUUAAAACUACUGUAUACAUAUUUGUGUGUUUUUUACUUUUUGUUACUUUUUUAAAAAAAUUUUCUAUUAUGGUUGUGAAUAUUAUAAAAGUAAUGAAUUCUCAUUGUAAAAUUUCAAAUGUAACAGAAGCAUAUGAGUUUAAAAGUAGGGGCACCCCCCUUUACCCUUCCCUAAUUCUACACCAGCAUGGUAACCUGUUAACAAUUUAAUAUGUAUCCUUCUAGAUACUUUUUCUAUGCAUAUUCAAACAUACAUCCAUACUGCAAUGUAUUUCAUAAAUUAAAAUUUGAAAAUAUUUUA